AAAUUGAAGAAACCUCUUCUUGUAGAUCUCGAUUUUCGAAGAUGUCAACAGGGUCUGUCGGUUCUGGAGGAUUAGAUUCAGGAGGAGAAGUUUUGGCUGCGCCAAGGUUUGUAUCGGUUUUCUUGCUGCCAGCCAUGGUCUGGGGUUCAGAUCCAGAGAUGGCGAGGCUAAGGAGGAUAACAAAAGCCAUGCCACCAAGAAAGAGCAGAGAUAAAAAGGUUCAGCCAGCCCAGGUUGAACAUGUAGAUGAUAGUCCAGUCUACUUGGAGGGUGAGAAUGAUCUAGUUGUUCCUCCCCUCUCAUCACCCUUCGUGGAGCGAUCUUAUGGCAAUCCAAUUUUCAAGGAAAGAGAGUGGGCUCAAGAUAUUCAGAAAAUCGUUGAGAAACAAGAAGAAUCUUCCAGACAGCAUGAUGAGGCGAUGAGACAAUAUAUGGUUGAACUGAGACGAAUCUUUGAAGAAGGCUCUAGGCCUAGACCUGAGAUCCCUCCUCCAGCCGUGGAAAUUUCCAAACAGAUUCAAGAAGCCUCAAUCCUAGCACUCGGGGGGCCAGGAAAUCAGCCUGAUCCUAAUGUUCAGCAUCAUAAGUUUUUCAUGGGUGACGGGCAAAGAAACACUAAUCAAUGGAGGCUGCUGCUUCUGUUGCAGACCAUGGCCAUCAACCUCAGCAUAGGUAUAUUCCGCCAGCUAGGAGGGGAAAUGUGGGUCCUCAUCAUCAACCCCAUCCAAGGGACUUUUUCCAGCCACAAGUCCCACCAAGCAUGCCAACAAAGGAUUGUUUCCCCAAAAAUCCUUAACCGGCCUUGACCAUGUGAGUUUGGGUAUUAGGCAUGCCACUUGCUUUGUUAAAAAAAAAAAAAAAAAGAAAACAAGAUUUUCCAG